AUGUCUCACAACGGGAAGUAUUAUGUGAGGAAGGUUCCGAAAUAUAAGCCAAGUUCGACGCUUAUAUCAGCGUUUUUUUCAAAACGACAAAAACUUGAUGUUAGUGUCGAUGCACCAAGUAAUGACGAGACAGAGUGCAAACCGACUGACGUCGGUGAUAAUAACAUUAACAAAUUGUGUGAUGAAAUAAAAUCCGUUACUGGCGAUAGCGACGGCGCAAAUAUCUGCAAACAAAGUGAAACAGUUUCAGUGGAAGUAGCUGUACAGACUCCAGUCGCUAUGGUUGCCUCCACGACUACCACGCCACUUCAAAAGAAAGUUCAACUCAGGGAGACACGGGCCGAGAUUGAUUUUAAGCCAGCUCACAGUAACAUAGAUCGGCGGCGAUUUGACAUGAACAGAUAUACUGUCAACUAUCCUUGGCUUUACCACACCUCGGAAAAAGGAUACCUUUGUAAGUUGUGUGAAUUAACAUAUGGCUGUAACUGUUCAGAUUCAAGCUCUAUGAGUGUGAUAAGUGUUACGUCUCCAUUUAUCUCCCCAGGCCUUGAGACAUUGGGUACACAUCCAUCUCGAUUAUUAGAUAAGCAUGCAAACAGUACCCCACAUCUGAAGGCAUCCAAAAUAAAUGCAGAAGUGAAAGUGAAAAUUGGUUUGAAACAAAAAAUGUCUGUACUGGAACAGUUGUCAAUGAAAAAUGAGUCUGAUCUUAAAGCUGAAAAAGAAAGGAAUGGGAGAACAUUGAGCUCUCUACGCAAAGCCCCAUUUUACAGUUUGCUAGCUGAUGAGAGCACCGACGAGGCCAACAAAACACAAUUAUCUGUGUUUUGCCGCUGGUACCAUGAAAGUCACUCCAAUUUCACAGACCACUUCAUGGGUUUGGUUGAAGUUCAAAAGACAGACAGUGCCACCCUGAUGGAUGUCCUCCACGGUUUUCUCAUAGCAAAAGGGAUACCCAUUGAAAAAUGUCGGUUUGUUGCCUUUGAUGGCACCAACUCGAUGAGUGGCAUUCGUACUGGUCUUCAAAGACGAUUUAGGAACUAUGCACCAAAGAGCCUGUACAUCAACUGUCGCUGUCAUCGCCUUGCCCUCUGCCUUAAACAUUUGAUGAAAACAUUUCCUUUACUUGUUGAGGUAGAUGAGGCUUUACUUGCGAUAUGGAAAUUGUUCAAGUACUCCCCGCAAAGGUUUGCUGUGCUGCAAGAUGUUCAAGUUGUAUAUGGCAUGGACAAGUUGAUGUUGAUCAGGGCUGCUACAACUAGGUGGUUGUCACAUGGCAAAGCAUGCGUAAGGUUUAUUGAGAGGUACGAGUCGGUGCUUGAUGCUCUGGACCAAAUAUACCAACAAAAACGUGAACCAGAGGUAUUUGGAUUGAGAUCUAUUCUUGUACAGAAAAAUGUUGUUGCCAUGAUCUGCGUGUUGAGUGAUGUGUUGAAACCACUGAACCAUCUCAGCCUCUACCUCCAGAAAACAGAUGUUGUACUGUGCAAUGUGGAAGAGAAAGUGAAAGCAACAGUAACUGACCUGGAAGUCAUUAAAGAGACUUAUCUUGAAUUUCAAGAGAACAAUCAUAUUGGGGAUCAGUUAUAUGUCAGUCGUCUUUCAGAGUUGCUUCUCAUCAUCAAUGAAAGAACUGAUCUGCAAAGGCGUCACAGAGGUCACCUUGAGAACCUUGACAUCAAAGCAUUUAUUAAAGAUGUUGCUGUUCCAUUUAUAGACAGUUUGAUUGGAGAAAUCAAUGAUGCUUUCUACAUGCACCCUGUGUUUGAUGCUUUUCGGAAGGCUCUGGAUCCUAGUAUGAUCGAAGCCAAUGCCAGUGCUGUUGAUCUUCAAAACCAUGGAAAGGAGGCAUUGACUGUACUUUGUGGACACUAUGGGGAACCUGGAGAGGACAUUUUCCAAGGUCAUGUGACAAGAUGUGAGAGGGAUCUUGAUCCAGAUGCAACUGAAGCUGAAUACUGUGCCUUCAAGCAUCAAAUCAAAAUCAUGAAAAGAAUGAAAGCCAGAAAUCCACAGCCUUCCAAUAGUAAUGAGGGUGACCAGGUUAACAAUCUGCUGUCAAUGUUUUUAAAAGUCUCUGGGGAUCCUGUACUCCAAGAAUCUUUUCCAAUGAUGUGCAAGCUUCUGUACCUGGUGAACAUUAUUCCAGCAUCAACGGCCUCAGUGGAGAGGAGCUUUAGCCAAAUGGCUUUGCUAAAAACCCCAAUGCGCAGCAGAUUGAGUUGCAAGUCAAUUAAUGCAAUAAUGCGCAUUAACAUAGAGGGAGCCAGUACCCUGACGGAAUAUGAAUUAGAACAACUUGUUCAAAACUUCAAACUUGCAAAAGAUCGGCACUUGUCCCUGUAAAGUACAUUGUACAAGUGUAAUAUCAGUGAUUAAAACAUCAAAACAGUAUUAA